AAUCGGCCGUGCAGUCCACGCAUGCGCGGUGCCGUGUGGCUGUCACGUGAGGAGUGAGUCAGCUGAUGGUGGAAUGGCGAGUCAGUCGCAGGGGAUCCAGCAGCUCCUGCAGGCGGAGAAACGGGCGGCGGAGCGGGUGGCAGAGGCGCGCAAACGAAAGAAUCGCAGGUUGAAACAAGCAAAGGAGGAGGCCCAGGCUGAGAUUGAGCAGUACCGGCUCCAGCGAGAAAAGGAAUUCAAAAAUAAGGAAGAUGCUGCCCUUGGUUCACAUGGUGAUUCAGCAACUGAAGUUGACAAAGACACUCAAGAGAAAAUUAAAAUAAUCAGGGCAAACUAUGAGCAGCACAAGGAAAUAGUCCUGAAUAACCUCCUUAAUUUGAUCUGUGACAUAAAACCAGAAAUUCAUGUCAACUUUCGCAUUAAUGGUUAGAACUGGAUUGUUGUUUUGUGUUGAGCAAAUACCAAAGCGCAUUGAGACAGCAAUAUUUUGUGUAUUACAAUAGUUACGCAACAGUUUUACAUACAAAUAAAAUAUGUAUCAAAUGAAUUUGGGAGAAAAGGAUUGAGUUUCUCCUGUGAAGUGUUAUAUAACUCUGAAACUCUUAAAUAUUCCUGUUUUUCACUAGAUUUCUCCAGGCAAACCUGAAGAUGCUUCAACAAUGGUUUUCUAUUUAACAAUUGGUGAUGUCAUAUUAAAAUGAAUGAUAAUUGCUAUAUAUAAAAGUUUAGAUUAUA